AUGAUAGAUCUGCAAGAAGAUUCACAAAGAACAAAUGCUACUUCCAAUGAACCUAAGCAAGAAAAAGAACCCAUCAACGAAACAUUAUCUGGUCGCGUUGACUUUCCUUUAGUCAAUGCCAUGACUGCCUCGGAUAGAGACGGUUCUUGCUCUGCGAUCCACUUUUUAUGGCCUUCUUCGGUUCACCUCAACUAUCGUUGCAUCUAUAGAGUGCCAUGCCGGUUAAGGAGAGUGAACCCAGAGGCUUACACUCCUCAAAUGCUUCUCAUCGGUCCUCUUCAAUAUCAUUCUAAAAAAGCUCAAGCUUUUGAGCUCUCCAAAAACGAUUUGAGGUAUUUGGACUAUAACAAGAUGGAGCAGCACAAGAAGAAGUACCUUAAUAAUUUUACUCUUAAGUAUGGGAAUCAAACGGUCGAUGAAUUCAUAAGAAUCAUCAAAAGAGAUGAACAAGUCAUAAGAGCAUGUUACGCAGAAACAACAGAAUUAUCAAGUCACGAAUUCGUUGGAAUGAUGCUCCUCGAUUCAGUUUUCAUACUGGUGUAUUUGAGUCAAGUCGGACCUCGAUACAUCGAAAACACAGGAGAUUUUGUUUUCGACGAGCCUUGUCACCAAAAGACAAUCUUUGAAGACCUAAUCUUGCUAGAGAACCAACUUCCUUAUGCCCUUUUAGAAAACCUCUUCGAACCCUUUUUCAUAAAGCUUCAACUUAACUUUACAUUCCGUGACAUUACCCUUAGAGCUUUUGGCUUAGAGGAAAACAUAAAAAAAGAAGUGAAAUUUCUACAUUUUACAGAUUUGGUUAGGCAUGUCCGUGUCGAGACGCUUGGUCUGACAAAAGAAGAACAGAUAAACCAAAAACUUAUGAAAAAAAAUAUUAUAAAAAGUCUUCACAAUGCAGACGAGCUAGACAGUGCAGGAGUCCAAUUUAAAGGGAUUGAAAAAGAAAGAGACACAUCGUUGGUGAUUAAAUUUGAAGGUGGAAUCUUGACAAUGCCAUGCUUAAUAGCAGAAGAUGCCACCGAAAGGAUCUUACGGAACAUUAUGGCACUUGAGCAAUGUCAUUAUUCUUACACAGCCUUUGUCUGUGACUACAUCACUUUCUUAGACUUCCUCAUUAACACCGAGCAAGACGUUGACUUCCUCGUCGAGAAAGGCGUCAUCGAAAACUGGUUGGGACGUCCAAAAACAGUGGCGGAAAUGGUGAACAAGUUGUGUUUAGGAAUCGUUGAUUUCGGAUCUCACUAUUUCAAUAUAGCCGAAAACCUCAACAAACAUUAUAAUAGUCGUCGCAACAGAUCCGUCGCCACUCUCAGGCGAGUCUACUUCAAAGAUCUUUGGACCGGAACCGCCACCGUCACCGCCGUCGUUCUCGUCUUGUUAACUUUGAUUGGGACUGUGGCUUCGGUUCUCCAAAUGACGCAGAAAUAA